AUGAAUGCUGACUUUAAGAAUGCCUUCGAAGCUCUUCAUAGUAAGGUGAAACUAGUGAACGACUUCUCAUCUGGAAAGAAACUGAAGUCUGAAGGUUUCGACAAAGAGUUAAGAGAAGUAGCACAAAAUAUGACGAAAAUAACAGAUGCAGCAACGAGACAGGCAGUUCAAAGUGCCUAUGACGCCGUUAGAGCAACUGUUGUGGAAAGUCAAGAAAAAGAGUUACAACAGACCAAAACAGACCUAGUAAAUGCUUUCUUAAAAACGAAAAGUCAGGUAGGACAUUAUGCUGCAGAUGGAACAUAUGUGCCAGCUGGUGGAACUUAU